CCCGUACUGAUGCACGUACGGUCGCAAGCACAAGUGAAGAAUUCACACACUCGGGAAGUAAGUGCACAUAGUGUACCAGUGAAGUGUACUGACAGUUGGAAUGUCGUGUGGCGAGGUUGCCCCCCGGCUGGGGUCUGCAGGGUCACGGUGUGGUGGGACCGGGGAAGUGCACGCUCACGUGCACGGCCGAUGUAGGCCUCCCUCUGGGCGUGCAGCCGCAGCUCAAUAAUUGAUGACAUUUAAAUGUUGCUGAGCGCUCCAAAGAUGACGAGCUUCUUAAUUAAGAAGCUCGGCGGUCGAAGAAGUCGUGCGCGCGCGCAAAAACGUCGCUUCCCCCCCCGCCUGAGAAGGUUCCGAUCAACGUGGUGGGAUCAGAGCGGUUUCCGGCGCUGUUAAUUGGCGAGUCUUUGAGCGCUUUUCAUCCGUGUUUAUUAUCGAUCCGAUGGGCAGCUCGGCCUGUCGUUUAGCAGCCAGGAAUUAGCGCUGAUUGGUGCAGCGGGGCCGCGCCUAAUUGCGUUACAUUAAAUAGAUCACCGCCAUCAUCUCAUAAAUGUCUCAUGUGAAGCCUUGUUUGAUGAUCACUUGGUGUCAGACGCCGGAGGCUGCCUUCAUCGCACGGGAGCAUCGGAUGGCGCCGCUGUUGGCGUUCCCGUUGGCUUGGUUGGCUUUGCCGGCCAUGUGUCCUAGCGCACUAGCUCUCUAGUCCAACUUCACUGUUGCUAUUAUUUAUUAGGUACUUUGCGAUGCUACUUAUUAGCGUUUUGUCCACCGGCGAGCGGCUCGGGUCAGGCAGCAGAAGGAAGGCGUCCUUACGAUGGACGCCGACGGCUCGCAGCAACGCUUAAAAGCUGCGACGCCCGCUGUGACACGGAGACGCGACCUCGUGUUAGCGCUCACCACGCCGGGCCGGGGCCGCUAAUUAGAGCGUGGCCCCGUCGCUUGGCCCAGGGUGGGUGCCGGCCAGAUGUAAACACUGCAUUAUUAACUCCGUGUGCGGCGCGGGAGCGCCGCCAUGUUUACUGAACACACGGGCGGUGCUUUAGCGGCGGCCCGUUCCUGCAGCCGUACAGUAGAUUUAUGCUCGGUCUCGCAUCCCAGACCAGCAGAUGGGCGCUUUGCUGCGUAGCACCAUGUACGAUUCCACUCCUGCUCUCCUCAAUGCCGAGAUGGCCAUGACAGUAUUUGGCUCCUCCUUCUUGUCUUUUGCACCACCAUCAUUUAGAAGUUAGUCCUUCCUUCCCUUUGACGGUGGCUGUGUCUUGGUUGGCUCUUAAAGUACCCGAAUCAGUACCCGAAUCAGUACCUGAGUCAGCACUGAAAACACUUCAAAUAGGUCUUAUAUGCAAAAAGCCGGUAUAGUUGGUACAUUGGAGUCUUCCUGUAUAUGUCCCUGGUGGUCGUGUCCCCUGGGGGUGGCCGCAAUAGGGUGCUGUUGUUGCUGGGAGGGGCUGCAUAAUAACAUACCUCAGCAGGAGGUAGGAGGAGUGGUGCAGACCCCAGGGUACGUUGGAGAGGCCUUGGACCUCCACUCGGGAUCAGCCGGUAGGAGCUGGAAGAAGUCGCCGGGGAUAUGGAAGUCUGGGAUCGGCUUUGGCUUCUGCCCCAAAUAAGUAGAAGAUGAUGGAUGGGGGCUAUGGUAUCGCUAUGGUACGGGGUCCUGGUUUUGGCUGGUGAAAACCUGGUCCCCCUGGCUGUAGUGCCGGGUACGCGUUAGUUAGCUCAUGUUUGGCUAACAUGUUGUUCUCUCGCACGCUGUGGCCAAAGUCGCCAAAGCACAACUCUUCCAUUUUUCAAAGACUGCGAGGAAAGGAGAAGGGGUCGGACAUUUUAGGUGGGAAGAGCCCACUUCCUCUUUGAAAGCUUUAUCUUCAUAAUGGAUGUGCUGCUCUCCGGGGGGAGUCUAGACCUCGCCGGAAAAUCCAAGCGGUCCGGCCGCGAGGACCCAAAGAUGGCGAUGUAAACACGCUUCCAUAAUUCUCCCCGCCGGAGGAGAUCCCUGCAGACAAGGAGGCGAUAAGACGCUAAGGGGCUUUUUUUUUUCCCUAAUCCCUCCGCAGUCUGGAGCGGCGGCCCGGGCUUUGGGCGCCGUCGACACCUCGCUGUGUUUCUUCCCUCUUCGCCUCGCUUUCUCAACCCCCCCACACCACCCCAUCGCCGGCCUCACUUAUUUAUGAGGGGGACUUGAAAUAGACUUCACUAUUUGAUAAAAGCCUGAUCCUUAAUCCGAGUUGCCCGAGAAGCGCAUUUCAUUUUUAUUCCCCAUCAGAGAUUGAUGGAAGCUUCCUGCUCGCUGAUUGCUCAUGUAAAUCCACCGGCCGGCCUGGACCUGCAUUGCCCGUGUGCGUUUGCGUGUGUGCGUGUGUGUGUGCGUGUGUGUGCGCGGUGCAGUCUUGCGUUAGCUAGGUCUAAAAGUUUGCCUCAUGCUGCAGAAACACUAAUUGCACUUCCUGUUGCGGCGUUCCCUAAAACCUUCUCCGUGCCACUUCCGGCAGUCAAGCCGGGCGCCCCCCUCCCUCCUGUGGAAAUUAGCGGUGGGCUGGCGCGGCUCCCCUUCUUGAUGUUCCCUCCGACGGCGGCCAAAUGUUGUUUGGCGUCCUCGGGAAAAACAUGAGCUCAUCCCGCAGGUUCGAGCUCCGAUUGGGGCGCGCGGCGCCACGUGGGGGGACGCCGGCGAGGGGUUAAUGCUGGAAAGUGCGGGCCCUGACAGCCCCCCCGCCGCCCCCUCCUCCCCUCAGCAGUGUAUUGAUGAUAGUCGGGAGAAUCGCUGAGGCAAGCGUAUUGUUACAGUGCAGACGCACGCCCACCCCCCCACCGCCGCCCCCCUCCCCCCCCAGCAGAUGGAAAACACAGCCGAGCAUGUCGUGCGAUGGCAUUAGCGGCACUAAAGGUAUUUUAGCGUCAUCUGCUCGCUAAUUUGACGUUCCCAAACACUUUGCUGCCUUCCGACUGCGGAGGGAGGAAGCGGGCGGAACCCUGCGGCGUUCUUUGGGGCUGCUUCUUCUCUUCUCCCGCCGCGUGGCAACUUCACAUCUUAAUCCGCCGCCAUCGCCGCCACACGCACCUCACCCCCGCCCCUCCCACGCGCGCACACCAUUCCCAAUCCUCCCCGGAACCUUAAAUUUCACAGUAACGUCUCCCAGCUUGUCGGGCGCCCUCGUUGGCGGCGGAGGAGCGCUCGGAGGCAGCUGUCAGGCGGGGGCUCCAGUUGAGCCUCCUUCGCCAAUAAGAGGCGGCCCAGGAGGGGGUGCUGGGGUUGGGAGGGGGCGUCUCAGUAAGUGAGUGGAGUGUCAAAAGGAAGGAAAAAAAGAAAAAGGUCUCCAAAGCCUCCUCAGCUUCUCCCGUCUGACUUGUCGGCUCAGAAGAAGAAGAAGAAGAAGAAGAAGACAAAGCUGGGGGGUGGGGGUUGAAAAAGUGGAAGCAGUAGAAGAAGAGUGAGGAGGUGGUGGCAGUGGGGGUGGAGCGGGAGGGGGGCAGCGGGAGUCAAGCCCCAUUGAGCCGUGGAGGAGGAGGGCUGCCUCAGCGGAUCAGCGCCAGUCCAGCUCACGUCCAAAACGACGCCCCGCGCCGGUACGACCGGUCCCUCCGCUCGGCCUCGCUCGCCUGCACCUGCACGCCGCGCCCUUCCCGCCAUGAUGAUGUACUUCUGGGGUAACCAAGAGGCCGCCAACCCCCCGGAAGCGAUGGCCCAGACCUACACCCCGGCCCAGUACCCCCCGCCCCCACAGAACGGCAUCCCCGCCGAGUUCGCCGCACCGCACCCGCUCCCGACGCCGGACUACAGCGGGCAGAGCCGCGUCCCCGAGCACGCCAUGACGCUGUACACGCCCACCCCCACGCACAGCGAGCCGGCCGGCACCGACAGCAGCACGCCCAGCAUCACCGCCCCCACGACCGCACCGGUCAGUGUCGCUCAGCACCUGCAAACACUCUUCUCCUCCACAGGCCGCCCGCAACAGACAGAUGACGUGACGCAAACGGACGUCUCCCAACACUCGGACUCUUCAGAGAAGCAGCAGCCCAAAAGGUUACACGUCUCCAACAUUCCCUUCCGCUUCCGGGACCCCGACCUAAGGCAAAUGUUUGGGCAAUUCGGAAAGAUUUUAGAUGUGGAGAUUAUCUUUAACGAGCGAGGAUCCAAGGGCUUUGGCUUUGUAACUUUUGAAACGAGCACAGAUGCCGACCGUGCACGGGAGAAACUAAACGGUACAAUCGUAGAGGGACGGAAAAUCGAGGUGAACAACGCCACGGCGCGAGUGAUGACAAACAAAAAGGUGGCCAACCCGUACACGAACGGCUGGAAGCUGAACCCGGUGGUCGGCGCCGUCUACGGUCCCGAGCUCUACGCCGUCACAGGCUUCCCCUACCCCGCCACGGGCACCGCCGUGGCCUACAGGGGCGCCCACUUGCGAGGUCGGGGUCGGGCCGUGUACAACACGUUCCGCACGGCCCCGCCGCCGCCGCCCAUUCCGGCUUACGGAGCGGUGGUGUACCAAGAUGGCUUCUACGGUGCAGAGAUCUAUGGUGGAUAUGCAGCAUACAGGUUCGCCCAGCCCACCACCACCACCGCUUACAGCGACAGCUACGGCAGAGUCUAUGCAACGGCCGACCCCUACCACCACACGAUUGGCCCCGCCGCCACCUACAGCGUGGGAACUAUGAUGCCCGCUUUUCACGAGGUGACCUUCCAGCUCCACCCCCGAAUGAGGGAUUCAGACGCCCAGAAAGAUGACUGUUUUCAUGCCUAACAUGGCCGCUAGCCACCAGCGAGCGAUGGUCAUGGAAGAUGAUCCAUCAACAUGUCCGCUCAGACGCAGCUGCUUUCAAGGACUGCUGCCAAAAAAAAGCCUCAAACAUGAUAUGGAAUUUCAAAACAUCUUCAUCCAAACACUGACAUCAGUCAUCAGCCAACGCUAGCGCCACUCACAGACGUACCUCAGCACACAACAAACAGCUACAGCGUUAGCUAGCGCCUCACUACUGCCCCCGGAGGCACUAUGCAGCGUUACACGGGAGGUUGACCCUGAUUUGUCAUGCAAGUCAUGUGACUGCAGGGACCAAUCAGGUUGCUCCUGUUUGCCUGCGCUCGCUUUGUUUACAAAGUAAUCCUACAAAGUUUCAAAGUCGGCUCAUCGCGGUUGUUAGCAUGUAAAUAACUGCUAGCCUACACCAUGAAGAGAAACAGACCUGCGCCGUGUCACAUGACUGGUCCUCGUCUUCAUCUUCAUCUUUAUGCAUCCUUUGGUGGACUGACUGGUGGACGCGGUUCCAAAGCCCUGAGAAGAUAGCACAUCCAUUCAUUAACAUGCACUUUGUACUAAACCCCAUGGCAAUGUAUAUACUACACACACAACACACUAGAUCUGUUUUUUAUGUAUUAUAUAUAUAUACUAUAUACUAUAUACUAUAUCAAGUGGUGUCUUUUCAACUGCAUGUACUUUCUAGAGGGUUUUGUUCUUUUUCUGGAUAUAUUGUUAGCUCCGGAGUACCUUCUGUUUUUUUUUCUUCACUAUGUGACACAAGUACCUUGAUUGUUUGGAGUGUGAGAAUAAAGCAGUAACUACCGAGUCCUCACGUCUUCCUUUCGCAGCCUCGACAAAACUUCUUCUUCUCGUCACGUCUCGGCUUUGCCGUUACUCGCAAAGGAAGUCCAAUGCUAACACGUGGCGGCGGCUAAAAGUGCAUCUCUGUGCUUUACAAAUGUCAGUUCAAGAAAUAAUAACCAAUCACAACGUGUGCCGUGUGCUAACAUGAGCUACGUGGCUAGCACCCGACGGUCAGUUAGCGAAUUAGCUUGAAUGUGCAGCGGAUCCCCACAUAUCGGCAAUUCAGCGUUUCAGUCAUCCAUUCAUUUUCUACCGCUUAUCAUUAAGAGGGUCGCAGGGUGGGCUGGAGCCUAUCCCAGCCAAUCCCAGGGCGCAUAUGGACAAACA